AAAAAAGUCGGCCCAACAUCUCAAAAUCAUCACCGCGGCCACUGCUGUCCGCUGUUACUGCCGACCGCGCCCUCUGCCUCAGUACUCAUCCAGUGAUGCUUACUGCUGAACAACAAAACAUACUCGACUCAUUCAUAAACUCCAUCACCAUCUUGCUCUCCUACAGAAAUGAAGAUGAGUUCUUGGGAUUUAUGGGUAGAUCAAGCGCUCUCUGUAUUGGACUCUCUCAAACUCCUCCGAUCUCUCAGACCCCUUCUUCCUUCAAACGCCACCCUACCCGGCACCCAAGAAAGUGGCCAUUCAAGCACCACCUUGUUUUCUGGUGAUGACUUCGAAGUAUUCGAUGGUUUGCGACUGUCAGACAGGGCCUCAGUCGAAGUCAUGAUUUCUGAAACCACAUUCCAAAAAUGGCUACAAGAUGCACCCAGUUCUGGGGAUGACCCUGAACGCGGAAAUGUUUGGGCUGGUGUCAAAUUUGGGGCAUCUGGUGGAGAAUUCAAAAAGUUAGUUUUGUUCUCAGGAAAUGAUUACUUGGGGUUGAGUUCUCACCCGACUGUCAUCAAGGCUGUAAUAGAUGCAGUGCAGAGGCAUGGAAUGGGUCCAAGAGGAUCUGCCUUAGUAUGUGGAUAUUCAUAUUAUCACAGGUUAUUGGAAUCCUCUUUGGCUGACCUAAAAAGAAAAGAAGCUUUGCAGCCAAUAUGGCAUUUAUCACAGCUGUGGGCAGCAUAAGUCUUCUCUUAGCUGCAAGUGGCAAAUCCUUAUUGGAUGAGGACAGAGUAGCCAUAUUUUCUGAUGCUCUCAACCAUGCAUCAAUCAUUGAUGGUAUACGCCUUGCUGAGAAACAGAAAGGUGUUGUUGUUUAUGUCUACAGACACUGUGACAUGUCCCACCUUAAUGAACUGCUAUCAAGUUGCAGAAUGAAAAAAAAGGUUGUCAUCACAGAUAGUUUAUUUAGUAUGGAUGGAGAUAUUGCACCAAUGUGCGAGCUUGUCAAACUUCGUAAGAAGCAUGAAUUUUUGUUGGCAAUUGAUGAUGCUCAUGGUACUUUUGUAUGUGGUGAAACUGGAGGGGGUGUAGCUGAGAUGUUUAAUUGUGAAGGAGAAGUGGACAUAUGCAUAGGUACUCUAAGUAAAGCUGCAGGUUGCCAUGGUGGGUUCAUUGCCUGCAGCAAGAAAUGGAAGCAACUUAUUCAAUCAAGGGGCCGUUCCUUCAUAUUUUCUACAUCUGCUCCUAUACCUGUUGUUGCUGCUGCAUAUGCUGCUAUUGUUGUGGCUAAAAAGGAGAUGUGGCGUAGAAGGGCCAUCUGGAACAGGGUGCAAGACUUUCGUGAUCUCACGGGGGUCCCAAUCACAAGUCACAUCAUUUCCUUGAUAGUUGGAAGUGAAUCCAUGGCAUUGCAAGCUAGCAGGCAUCUUCUGGAGUUGGGAUUCCACAUAACUGCAAUUAGGCCCCCAACCGUCCCCUUCAACUCAUGCAGGGUAAGGAUAACGCUAAGUGCAGCUCACAGUUUGGAUGAUAUAAGAAGGCUUACUGCAGCACUUUCACAGUGUAUUAAUUUCCGGGAGAUAAGAUUUUACAGCCGCAUUGGCUCUGCAAGACUCUAGCUCUUUCUUUUUGUUUGUUGUGAAAUGCCUUCAUUUAAAUCUCAGUGAGUGAAUAAAUGUUGUCCAACCACCAAAAAGAAAGCUCUUUUCGCAAUCUUCUUUUCAUUUUUAUAAAAUAUGAACAUAAUUCCUUCUGGUGGGAUGUUGGAUUCAAGGCAGGGAUGGACCCAUAAAUACACUUAACCCCAGAACCUUGGUUCAAAAUUGAAAAUGUGCGUUUGGCAUGAUUUUUUCCUUGAAAGAAUUUGU